AUGAAUGAAAACGUGAGUACCAACCUGUCGACUCGAGCGAACUCUGGAAAGGUGUCUAGAAAAUGUCCUGACAAGCAGGGAUCAAUACAAGGCAAUUCACUGCACAAGUGUUUCGGUCCAGUAACUUUUCUGGUAUGUUUCGUACACUAUUGUACAAGUACCAUACCCAUACAUGAUGCUGGCAAGAAAUUCGAAGAAAUCAAGUUCGAUGUUUUACCAGGUCAGAUACUCUCUGUCAAUACAGGUGGAGUGUCCCAAAACACCAUCAAAGUCCGUGAUAAAAAAGAUUGUGUCGUUUCGUGCACCGAUGUGCCUUGGUGUCGAUCAGUCAAUGUUAAGAUCAUACCUGAGAGCGAUGGCCUUCACGAGUGUGAACGGAUAUCCGUUGAUAAGUACGCCAACAAGGAAGACCUCAAGCAAGACGGGAAUUUUAUCCAUUACAGCAUCAAGAACCCUUGUGAAGAAGGGCCUUGCCCAAACUUCACUGUCUGUACAGUUCAGGGUAACACACAAAACUACACCUGUUUGUGCAAGAGAGGCUUUACAGGAGAAAAGUGCAAAAUUGAGAUUGAUUACUGCAAGUCCAACCCUUGUCAGAACAAUGCUACAUGCAUAARUGAUCUGGACAUGAACCUGUAUCAKUGUAAUUGUACUAAAAAUGGAACAAGCGGAUACUUGGGGAAAAACUGCCAAACAAAAUAUCGCUAUGAAAUCAAAAUUUAUAACAUGCAAGAUGGUAGAGCAGUAUGCCAAGGGCUCGGAGUGGAUCUCCCAUCGAUUCAUUCCGCGGAGCAGAACGAGAUUCUAAGGGAGAUAACCGGCAUUUCCAAUUAUUACUUGUGGCUGGGACUUCAUGCACCCAAUCAAGAUGGCAACUUCGUGUGGAUAGAUGGGACGCCAGUUAACUACACUAACUGGAGUGCACAGCAACCAUAUGAUUCCGAAAGCUGUGCUUACAUUGGUGUUGAUGGAUUCUGGGUCAAGUAUUUUUGCAUUUAUGCAAAUGGAGUUGCAUGCCUCCUAAACUGAGUUCUGCGAAAGAUACUCAAGAACACAAGUCAGUUGGAAUGGUGUUGUGCUUCCAAGAUCGACUUUCAAAGGCUCAUUUUUUGAUUCCCAGAAACUGCCGACAGAGUACUAUUUAUUAUUUAACUUAMUUUGUCAUCUCCUGCUCCUGCUUACCCUGUUUCUGGAGAUUUCAAGUGCCUAUCACCCAUCUGACAAUAUUCUCAGUA